CUUGGCAAAUUAAAUAGUUUUUAGUUGUUCUUCGUUCUCAAUUACGAUCAUUCUUUUUAAUUCAAUCAAAUUUCUUGACGAACUCUGCAUCCCUGUUUCUUUUUUUUUCUUUGACAGAGGGGACACGAAUUUUUAAUCUUUGCUAUUAAUAAUCUUUACAUAAAAUAUUCCGAUUAAUUUAUAAUAUUAUUAAAUGUUUUUAUAAUAAUUUUUAAAACAGAAAAUAUUUUUUGGGAUAUAUAUUUUUUCAAAAUGGAUGAUAAUUUUCAUAAUAACCAAAUUAAGAACCAAGACCAACUACAAACACAAAAUCUAUACUCAAAACGAUCACAAUUACGAAAAACCUCAAACUCAUUUCAAACCCUUUCCCGACAGGAACAAUAUCCGCAUUUUAAUGACUAUACCAAACAAUUGAACGAUUCCUCUAACGCUAAUCAUAAUUCUAGCAGUCAAUCUGAAAGUGUUUCCACUAUUCUAGGUGAAAGCGAAGAUGAUUACAACUACUUUGAAAAUCAUCCGUUCGUAAUUAUUUCGCAGCACUCUAGUCAACAAUAUUCAAGUCCUAAGUUAUUAUCUGAAGGCGAAGAAGAGGUAUUUACGGAAUUCUCGGAUUCUGGAUCAGAAAGAAUUCAUUACAUAUUCAAUGAAGAAAAUAUGCCUUCACUAGAAAAUGAAGGAAUUUGUCUUACCCCUGAAAAUUGGAUAACUCGUAGAGAUGAAACUGUUACAAGAAUUGAUCAAUUUAUACAACGUGAUAGACUAAUACUAAUCAGAGCACCACCAUUCACCGGUAAAACUUCUUUAUGUAUCUUAUUGGAAGAGCAUUAUCGCAAAAAAAAAGUUCCUGUCCUGCGAGUAUGUUUUUUAGGUGUAGAAGAUAUGUCUUUUGAGCAAUUUUGGAUAAAUGAGACUGGGAAAAGCUGGAAAUAUUGGCUGAACCCUAAACAUGGUGAAAGGAUUAUCAUAUUAGAUGAAACUCAUCAUAUUUUUGAUGGUGACCAAUAUGAACCAUUUUGGUUAAGAAUAAAGUCCCUGUGUCGUCAAGCCUCACUUAGUAAAGAAACGAUUAAAAUUAUUGCUUUUUCUACGGGAGGUAGAUUGGCUACUUCGGUUCAAAGUCCCGUGGAUUUUCAACAGAAAUUUGGUUUUGGUUUAGUUCGUUGUACACAAUCUGAAUUAAUGGAAUUAGUUGAAGCGUUUAAUAAAUACAAUUUUAAAAAGAAAAUUCAUGUUAGUAAAAAAAUUGUACAACAUAUUAUGGAAUUUACUGCGGGUCAUUUAGGUUUGAUUCGCUGGAUAUUAAAUGGAAUCGAUAAUUAUUUUUCUUAUCGCGGAACAAACUAUAAAAUAACUACAGAUCCGGAAAUAAUGUCAUAUUUUAUAUCAUCUGAUUUCAUUGAGCAUGUUAAAGCUCAUCGUGGAGCUCCGCUUUACAAAUUUAAUACCGCAGAAGGAGAAGCUAUUGAUAAACUCCUCCUCAAAGAUGAGCUACGUAUUCAUUCGACUGGUCCGGAUGAGGCCGUAACUGCAUUACUUAAAGCUGGAGUCUUAUUCUAUAUCGACGAUAGAGGUCCGGAAUUUAUUAUAAGGGAAGGCUAUGUUGGAUUCGUUUCUCCUGUGGCUCGACUACUAUCGUUCUUUCACCGGUGUGCUUCUUUUAAACAACCGCUUCAAAAUGGUUUCACUCUACAUGAUCUUGUCCGUGAAGCUUUAUCAAGAGUUAAUUCUAAGGCUUUAACGCAUAACCUAGGAAGGUCAAAAGAUGGGAUGAGACUUCUUGAACGUGUAUGGCAAAUGGAAUUCUAUAGGGCAAUAUAUAGCUGUUUACCCGAUGAGAUGCAUAUAUCGCCCGAUGUAGGGAGAAUAUUUGCUACCGAUGGAGUAGUUGAUUUUUAUAUAUCGGAACCUCAAUGGGCAAUUGAACUUUUGAUUGAUGGAAUUGAUAUGAAAAGACAUCAUGAGCGUUUUCAAGAUGGUAAAUUUCAAUAUUUAGUAUAUUAUUUUAUUUAUAUUUGUCUAAAAAUCUCUCAUUUUGUUAGGAGGUCGAUAUUCUUCGAUUCCUAUAAAAGAUUAUAUAAUUCUUGAUAUUCGCGAAACACGAACAGUAUUAAAAGCAUAUUCCAAUACCUGGCAUAUUACUCCUAACAGUGAUUUCACUAGUUUUAAUAUUAUAGAAG